GCUCCCUUUAUUUUCAGCAGCCUGGGAAUGAUUUUCUUGAUAUUUUCUUGGCAGGUAAGAGAACAUGAAAAAAAAAAUUGGGGUUUUGCUGCCACUAAUCGCCAUCAUUCAUAUAAUUCUAGCUCAAGGCCAACAAGGAUUCAUCAGUUUGGAUUGCGGCUUACCCUCGACUGAAGCGUCUCCUUAUGAAGAGAGUUACACUAAACUGCUGUUCUCUUCGGACCAAACGUUCAUACGUAGCGGAGGAAAUGGUCGAAUCGCAAAAAAUCCUGAGGGAUUCGCGAAGCCAUACACGACGCUGAGAUAUUUUCCAGAAGGGAAACGGAACUGCUACAGUCUAAAAGUUGAGAAAGGCAGGAUGUAUAUGAUCGUGGCUAGGUUCGUGUAUGGAAAUUACGAUGGCUUUGACCUUAAACCAAAGUUCGAUCUGUAUCUUGGACCUAAUCUAUGGACCACAAUAGAUCUGCAAAGACUUGGGACGGAUAGUACUUCCGAAGAGAUCUUACACAUGCCAACGUCAGAUUCGUUGCAGAUUUGUCUUGUCAAGACUGGUGAAACUACACCGUUUAUUUCGGCUUUGGAGAUACGGGCACUGGGAAACGAUUCUUAUAUCACUAAGUCUGGUUCCAUGAGGCGUCUCUCGCGGACAUACUUUAGCAAGUCAGGAUCUAAUAUAAGGUACAUGAAAGACGUCUACGAUCGCGAAUGGGUGUCAUAUGGAGAAUACUUUCAAAAGGAAUGGAGUAAUAUUUCCACCGCUCUCGAAGUGAACAAUUCCAACAAAUAUCUUCCACCAAAAGAUGUGCUGAUAAAUGCUGCCACGGUUACUGAUGCUAGUGCACCAUUCACGAUUGUUUUGCCUUCAGGAGGUUCUGGUGAAGAGUACUACUUGUACGCACACUUUGCCGAGAUCCAAGACUUGCAGGCAAAUGAUACCAGAGAAUUCAACAUCUCACUGAACGGAGAAGUUUUAUCUGACCCUAUCAUUCCUAAGAAGCUUGAUAUAACUACUGUCUCAAGCGUGGGAACUUGCCAAGGAAGGGAAUGCCUUUUGCAGCUCACAAGGACCAGCAGAUCAACUCUUCCACCUCUAAUUAAUGCCUUGGAAAUAUUCACAAGCAUCCGACUUCCGCAAUCUAAAACAGAUGAAAAUGAUGUGGCUGCUAUUAAAAAUAUUGAGGGCAACUAUAGCUUGAGUAGAACCAAUUGGCAAGGCGAUCCAUGCGUCCCUAGACAGUUUUUGUGGGACGGGUUAAACUGUAGUACCACGGAUAUGUCUAUACCGCCAAGAAUCACUUCUUUAAACUUAUCUUCAAGUGGUAUAACUGGAAACAUAGCAGCUGCCGUUCAAAAUCUUCCACAACUAGGAAAACUGGACUUGUCAAAUAAUAGCUUGACUGGAGAAGUGCCAGAGUUUCUCGGCAACAUAAACUCCUUGAUGUUCAUAAACUUGAGUCGGAACAAUCUUAGUGGCUCAAUUCCACAAGCUCUGCAAAGGAAAGGACUAGAGCUAUUGGUUGAAGGAAACCCCAUGCUUUGUCUCUCUAAUGCAUGUAGAAAACGACCUAAGAAGAACAUUCUUGUGCCAAUUGUUGCAUCAGUUGCUUCUGUAGCUGUAAUUUUUGCUGUAUUGGUUCUUUUCCUUGUACUGAGAAAGAAAAAAUCAGCAACGGUACAAGGUACACCUACGGAGAAUGAUACAUUUGCUAAUAAGAAAAGCAGAAGGUUCACAUAUUCCGAGGUCGUCGAAAUGACAAAUAACUUCCAAAGAGUUAUAGGCAAAGGAGGUUCCUGUAUGGUGUAUCAAGGUACUGUAAAUGGUGCCGAAGUGGCUGUUAAACUACUCUCUCAAACUUCAACACAAGGCUACAAACAAUUCAAAGCAGAGGUUGAUCUUCUUCUGAGAGUUCACCAUACAAAUUUGGUGAGUCUCGUCGGUUAUUGCUAUGAAGGAGAUCAUCUGGCCCUCAUUUACGAGAAUCUGCCCAAUGGAGACUUAAAACAACAUUUGUCAGGAAAAGGAGGUAGAUCCAUCAUCAACUGGAGUAUUCGUCUACGAAUAGCUUUGGAGACAGCUCUAGGAUUGGAGUACUUACAUAUUGGAUGCACACCACCGAUGGUUCAUAGAGAUGUCAAAACUGCCAACAUAUUGCUAGACGAGAAUUUUAAGGCUAAACUUGCUGAUUUUGGAAUCUCAAGAUCUUUCGGUGGAUGCGAAGCUCAGGAAUUCACGGAAGUUGCUGGUACUCAUGGAUACAUUGAUCCCGAGUAUUACCGUACAAACCGGUUGGCUGAAAAGAGUGAUGUAUAUAGUUAUGGGGUCGUGUUAUUGGAGAUGAUCACAAACAAACCCGUGAUCUCUGAAGAGUAUCACAUAGCAGAAUGGGUUGGCACUAAGCUUAACCAAUGUGAUAUAACUGAGAUCAUGGAUCCAAACCUUUGUGGGGGUUAUGACUAUAAUUCUGCAUGGAGAGCUCUUGAGCUGGCAGUUGCAUGUACUGAUACUUCUUCCUCAAAGCGACCAGUCAUGUCUCAGGUUAUCAACGAGCUAAAAGAAUGUAUUGCGUGUGAAAACUCGAGGAUGAGUAACAAUCAAGGCUUAGAAUCUCAAGAAAUUAACAUUAGCUUGGAUACUUCGCUAGUUCCUGGGGCAAGAUAGUUUUGAGUGUUGUAUACCUGUAGUACCAAUACAGACUCAACAAAUAAAUUUGUUAUUUACAUAGCAUAAUUCGUAAAAUUGCCAGUGUGGAAAGACAAGUUACUUGAUUUUUCAAGCCGA